AUGGGGCAGCACUUUCUGUUCCACCGCGACCUGGUGGCGGCCACGGCCGUGCAUCACGCGGUGCACGCGCGGCUCUCGAGCGACCUGCAGUCCGACCUGGUGCUGCUGGGGCCGCAGUGGCUGCGCGGCCAAGUGCUGCACCUGCUGGCGUCCUUCCCCCUGGCGGGCGUGGCCCAGAGCGUCCACGUGCUGCGCUUCGACCGCAGUCUGCUGAGGAAGAAGCACCGCUUCUUCGGAGGCGAGGAGGUGCUGCUGCUCACGUUCCCGCUCUUCAAGUGGGUCAUCGUGGGCUACGACCGCCGCUCGCGCAGUCUGGCCACGCUCGCCAUGUUCUCCUUCGAGGAGGACGCUAUCGGCCCUGGAGCCACGCUCAAAGGAGAGAUGAACGGCCGCGAGCAGCUGCUGGGCCUUGCGACCCACGCGGCCGCCAGAGUCGACCCGCAGACGAGAUGCGGAGCCAUGCUCGUGUACUCGGACCAGUUGGUGAUCGUGCCCUUCCGCAGCGAGUCGAUGGAGCUGUCGUUCUUCGAGGAAGACGAGGAUGAGUUCGACGAUGGAGACCAGGCUGGAGCCACGACGGCGGACUCGGACGAUGAAGAGGAUGACGAAGAGGAGAAGAAGCUCGAGGAGCUCGUGAACGAGAGCAAGCACAGAGGAGUGACGAGCGAUAUGAACAACACGCUCAACGCGCUGCUGGACAAGAGUGUCAAGGUGGGCUCGAAGAGGAAGAGGAACCACAUGAGCGGACUCAUGCCGAACGAUAUCACUGGACGCGAGUUCUUGCUGCGUCUGCGCGAGCUGGAGAUCACGGGAAAGGUUAUCGACUUGGCGUUUCUGGACGGAUACUUGGAGCCGACGCUGAUGGUGCUGCACGAGGAGAACGAGAAGAACUCGACGUGUGGACGUCUGGCGGCUGGAUUCGACACGUACUGCAUCACUGUCAUCUCCAUCAACAUGAACACACGACUUCACCCCAAGAUUUGGACUGUGAAGAAUCUUCCGUCUGAUUGCUUCAAGCUGAUUCCGUGCCGUGCGCCGCUGGGUGGCGUGGUGGUCUUGUCAGCGAACGCCUUCCUGUACUUUAACCAGACACAGUUCCACGGACUCGCCACCAACGUCUUGCGCGAGCAAGACGACCACGAGAUGGCGCAGCUCAAUAUCGUGCUCUAUGACUGCCAGUUCGAGUACUUGCACGAGAAGGAAGUUUUGCUGACCAUGCCGAAUGGGGACGCGUAUGUGCUAUCUCUUCCGUACGAAGACAGGUCUGUACGGUUUUGGAGGAGCAUCAAGAAGACGCUGUUUGUGGGCUCACGGUCAGGCGACUCAGUCCUGUAUGCAUUGGAUCAGAAGAAACUUACUAGUGCUGGAGGCGAAGCUUCGAAGCUGCAGGAAGACGAGGAGAUGCUGAUAAAGGAGGAGGUGGUUAAAGAAGAAGUGACCGCUGAGGUGAAGGCCGAGCCUGCUGAAGAAGAGGAGGAAGACGAAGAUGAUUUGUUCCUGUGUGGUGCAGCGCCUACGAAAGAAGAGCCCACGACAAGUGGUUCUACGGAGGCUGUGAAUGGUACAAAUGGAUCCGCUGUCAAGAAAGAGGAGAACGGGCACGCUGUUGAAGAAGAAAGCGGUCCGUACGAUUAUGUGCUCCACCAGAUUGAUGUGCUUCCAAGCAUCGGGCAGAUCACGUCGAUUGAGCUGAGCAUUGAGAACAAUGCGGACUCGAAUGAGAAGCGCGAGGAGCUUGUUAUUAGUGGCGGAUACGAGCACAGCGGAGCUAUCUCAGUGCUACACAAUGGACUGCGUCCGAUCGUCGGUACGGAAGCUGAGUUGAACGGCUGCCGAGCAAUGUGGACAGUGUCGUCUUCGCUUCCUUCUGCGACAAAGAGCUCCGAUGGUCGCAGCUACAAUGCGUACCUGAUUUUGAGUGUUGCUCAUAGAACGAUGGUGUUGCGAACUGGAGAAGGCAUGGAGCCCCCAGACGGGAUGUUGUGCAGCGUGAUGGCGAUGCCACUAAGGAUGCCCAUGCGCUGCAGCUUCUGCUUGGCGGCCUCGUCCAUCUUGACGAAGCCCUGCUCUCGUGGCGACUCCAGCAGCGCGCUGUCCUGGAUACUGCCUCGGAGGGACCCUUGCAUCUCGACACUGUUGUUAGAAAUCUGCUUAGGGGUCUCGGGGUCGACCCCAGGCGUGAGCUUCUACACCACUAAGUCCACCGCGUAG